AUGGACGACGGAGGGCCGGAUCUGUCUCACCUAACUCCCGAAGAGCGGGCCAUCAUCGAAUCUGUGAUGAUCCGUCAGAAGCAGGAGGAAGAACGGGAACAAGAAAUUAUGAGGAGGAAAGCUGAUGAGGUUCAGAUUUUAGAAGAGACGAUACGUGCCCGCAACGAACAGCAAAAAAAGGCAGGAGUGGAGCUGGACGCAACUUGCCACAUAUGCCUCAAAACCAAGUUCGCAGAUGGUGUCGGCCAUCUUUGCAACUACUGUUCCAUCCGAUGUUGUGCCCGCUGUGGCGGAAAAGUUACGAUGAGAUCGAAUAAGGUCGUCUGGGUAUGUAUCCUCUGUCGCAAAAAACAAGAACUGUUGGGCAGGACCGGUCAGUGGAUGAUGGGCGGCACCAAUACUGAAACGGACAUUCCUCAGAUCCAGCAGGCACCUUCCGAUAAGAGACCCAAGCUGGAGAGGGCGCACUCCGCGGCUGAAAAGGAAAAUCAGCCCCUGCAGAGGUCGGGCAGCGUAUUGAGGAGACAGUACUCGGAGCAGGAGCCUCGCGCGCCCUCCUGUGAGCGAUACCAGCAGUUCAACGAAGAUGACCCCAGGUACUACCAGGGGGAACUCGAGGGGCUGAUGAGGACCCAUCCCCAUCUCGUGCCAAGAAGGUAUCCAGAUCCAGAACCAGAUCCAUUACCGAUGGAACUCUCCCAGCAGAGGGUCCCAUCCGCAGCAAGUGCCAAUAAAAAACACAAACGUAGCGGUUCAACAAAGAAACAACACCCUCCUCCACAAGUGCAAUUGCCUUCCUACUCUAGUUCCGAAGAAGAUCUCAAGUCCACGCCGGAAUACGGCAGCGACGAGAGAGACAGCGAAAAGGGGAAUAACGGUGAAUGGCCCCCACUGAGCCACUAUAUCGUGGCGCCCCAACACCGACCUCUGCAAGACGUGACAGCCGAUAACAGGUGCUUUACCGAGAGAAGAAAGAAGACCGUUCGAUUCGACCAGCACGAUGGUAGACAGGGUUCGCAAGACUCCCAUAGAGACUCGGGCAUAGACACGUCUUCCACAUUCACCUCCAGCGAGGACUCCACCCGGGGAGAUUUGCCCAAGCACCCGCUAUCAUGGCAAGUGUCGGCGGAUGGCACGAGGAUGAUCGGACAUAUGAUAUUAAGGAGGAAUUCCAGGGACACCACCGGCUCGAGUGCUGCCAUUUUGGGACUGAAAGUCGUGGGUGGGAAGAUCUUGGAGAACGGCAUGAAGGGGGCCGUUAUUGAGAAAGUUAAAAAGGGCAGCAUCGCCGACGUGGAGGGACAACUAAGGCCAGGAGACGAAGUGAUAGAAUGGAACGGAAGAUCCCUACAGGGCAAGUCGUAUCAAGAAGUUGCAGAUAUAAUAGCUGAGAGUAAACAGGAGGCGAAUGUUGAACUUAUUGUCUCCAGGAGUAUGGGUAGUCGAAGAAUUGCCCAGGCCAACUGGAGGCAAUCUGUUGCUCACAGAGGUCAAAGCGGUGGACAGUGGCAUCCAGAAACAGAGAUUUAUGAGCGUCCCCACGUUCUAGUCACGUCGCCGGGCAGUCCGGAGCGACAGGAACCGGCACAGGCUCUGGCACCGAGCGUCGGAGGGCGCGUCCAGAUCCGUCUGGGGUUCGACCCCUCCACACUGCAGCUACUGGUGACGAUUGUGUGCGCCUCGGGCCUCACGCCAAGAUCCCCCCAGCAACCGAGGAACCCCUACUGCAAGCUCUUCCUGCUGCCCGACAGGUCGGAGAAGAGCAAGAGAAGGACCAGGACGCUGGCGGGCACCACGGAGCCGAUGUGGAACCAGACCUUCGUCUACUCGGGUCUUCGUAGAGCAGACCUCCGUCUCAGAGCUUUGGAGAUCACCGUUUGGGACUACGUGCGGUACGGCGCCAAUGACUUCCUGGGGGAGACCAUAGUCGAGCUCUGGCCCCUCGACGAGCAACCCACUUGGAGGACCCUGGGACCCCACGAAGAAGUCGCGUUGACUCCAAGUGAACAUCUGUCUCCUCCUAGCACGGGUUCGCGGUUCUCCGACAGCGACACGCCGUCCGAGUGCGAGAUAGAUGGUGGCAGGGAGCGAAGGGGUGCCGAUGGUGCCAGUGUGAGUAGUGUGGGGAGCUCGGCGAGCCCUCCCCGAGAGACGGAGAGGAGGUCCAGGAGGGACCAGGAAAUGCAGCCGUGCAAUCAGGGAUAUAAUAACAGGCGGGGCGGCAUGGCGAAAGAGCGCUCCCACUCGGCGGCCCCCUGCGACUCGCCCAGCAUACACAUGUCGAGGUCUCGGUCGAAGUCCCCGCGGCGGUCGACCACCGACCACCGCUCCCUGUCGCCGCCAGACGUCCGGCUGUCCGAAUACCCGCCAACCACCUACAAAAUCUCCCGCUUCCAAUCCCGGUCGGCCACCGCUACGCCGACGGGGUCCCCUAAGAAGCGACAACUUCCCCAAGUGCCACACGCCCUAGCUCGCGCUUUGCAGGAGCGGGUUGCCCAGGACCUGGACGACCGGUCCAACAGGAACAGCAGGAUGAGGUAUGUCCACACGUACAGGAGCACGGGCUCCGGCUGGGAGCGCCGGUACAGUGGAUUAAGUGAUAGUGACCUCGCCAAUCACACCCGGUCCACCAGGAGGUCCUUCUCUCCGGAGAGGGACAGAGACAGGGACCCUUUAGGACUCGUUGACUUUGACAGUGAUAUGGAGUCGGUGGCGUCGGUGACCAGCAGCGCCUUCUCCACGCAGUCGGAGAGGCCCAGGGGCACAACGAGGACCGUCAGCACUGAAUACGGCGGCUAUCCCGCUUACCGCAGUAUGCCAAGAAACGCUAGAGAACGAGAACAAGAUGUUCGAGAACCCAUAGAACCUCUAGAUCCACACCACGAUUAUCACCCCCAUCCAAACCAUCACUAUAAUAACCACCACCAUCAUAGAGAGGCUAGCGUGAAGAGGGGACAGUUCACGAGGAGUCUGUCGAAUACGGAGCCGCCACCAGACGAGAAGAUAGAUGGUAGUCUAAGCGAUACAGCUGUUGGUCAACUGCACGUACUGGAAGCCCCCCAAAAGGAGAGCAGCGGCAGGAAAGAGAGCCAGAGGGACCGCGAGAGGGACAGGCAAGCCCAGUUCGUGGGCUUGAGCAAAAAAAGCAACUCCACCAGCCAGCUGUCGGCCACAGGUCGGAAGCGAAGGAUGGGCUUCGGUAAGAGGGGGAAGACCUCCUUCACGGUUCAUAGAUCAGAAGAGAUACUGCCAGGCGAUGUUCGGUUGUCGAAACAAGGCUCGUCGGCGUCUAGCGACGGAGAGGGCUCUGCGGAUGGCGACAGGUGGUCGCCUUCUCUGCGUCUCGCAGGUGAAGGUGGUCAGUUGGCUGAUUUUAUAGAUGGUUUAGGUCCUGGGCAGCUGGUAGGAAGGCAAGUCUUGGGGGCGCCAGCACUUGGAGACAUCCAGCUCUCCCUGUGUUACCAGAAAGGCUUCCUGGAGGUUGAGGUUAUCAGAGCCAGAGGUCUCCAAGCAAGACCUGGGUCUAAGGUGUUACCAGCCCCAUAUGUGAAGGUGUAUCUAGUGAAUGGUAAAAAAUGUAUAGCUAAAGCGAAAACUUCGACAGCUCGCCGAACAUUAGAUCCAUUGUAUCAACAGCAAUUAGCAUUUAGAGAGAAUUUUCAAGGCUGUAUACUUCAGGUGACGGUAUGGGGAGACUACGGACGGAUCGAGGGAAAGAAAGUAUUCAUGGGCGUAGCGCAGAUCAUGCUGGACGACCUGAACCUCAGCAACAUCGUCAUAGGCUGGUACAAAUUAUUCGGCACCACAUCCCUGGUUAGUGGACCCCCUUCUCUUGGUCUAUCUCGUCGCAGCUCCGUGGCUAGUUUAGAUUCCCUCAAAUUUUAA